AUGCGACUGAUUCCUUGUUUGCGAUCUUCUGUCAGAGUAGCCUCCAGAUGCGGCCCAAUUGAAGGAUUUCAAUUGAAUCUGCCCGGAGGCACUUCCGAUGUUUUCCUCGGGAUUCCUUAUGCAAAACCACCGGUCGGAGAGGCUAGGUUAGAGGUAGAGACAAUUGUUUUGCUUUGUUUUAAUUGUUUUGUUUAGUGAUAUAAUCGCUUUUAAAAGUAAAUAACAACAAAAUUUCACCUUAUAUAUAAAAUUCCCUUUAAAAAUCCAGCUAUCAGCAGUAAAAACGUUGUUUAUAAACUAAUAGACUUUGUCGUAAAUUUAAACUAAAGCUUUGCAGAAGCCAGUAGCCUACGGAUCUUGGAAUGUGCCUCUUAAAGCCAACAAGUACUCGUUAUGUUGUGUACCUCACCAUGACAAAGACAACAUGGCUCCGACGUGCGAAGACUGCCUCUCUGUCAAUGUGAUACGACCGACUACAAAAGUUCGUUUUACAUUAAAAAGUUUUUAAAUUUUGUCAAUAGAGGCAAAUUAUACGACCAAAAGUAAUUUAUUCAUUCGCAAUUCUAGUAUACAUAAACAAUAAUAGUACGCUUUUAGAGCUCAGACUCUUCAGGAUACCCAGUAGCCUUUUGGGUCCACCCCAGCUGCUACAACGUUGGUUCCUCACAAUGGCUAAAAUACGAAAAUGUCGCUGAAAACUUUGUAAACAAAGGUGUCAUAGCUGUCACAUUCAACUAUCGACUCGGUGUUUUAGGUAAAUUUAUUUAAUCUUAACAUAUAUAUCUCGUCGUUCCUUAAUCAAAAAUUUAUGAAACAUAAAAUUUACCAAUUCAACCUACUACAAUAUUCCGUAUAAAAAUAACUUUAGGCCUUGCAUCGACCGGAGACUCAGUUCUCCCCGGUAAUCUAGCAUUAUUUGAUACAGCAUUGGCACUGGAAUGGGUUUACAAAAACAUCGAAGCGUUUGGAGGUAACCCUGACAAUAUUACAGCAUGUGGACUCAGUGCUGGCAGCUCCAUGGUUGGACAACUUGUUUUGUCACCUUAUAGCAAGAGUAGGUACAAUGAAAAUCUUUAAAUUAUUUUUUAACUUAUAUUUACUUUUACUUUACAUCAUCACAUACCAACAUCAUUCUCAAAUAUUACUUUAGAUUACAUAAAACGAGCGAUCCAAUUAAGUGGAUCAUACUACAGCUUGUGGUCCACUAACGACCAAGUGGUACAAGAAACACAAAAGUUGGCUGAAGUACUAGGAUCUGGUCCAAAUGACUCUAUUUCCAUUAAAAAUACCUUGAAAUCAAAGUGUACCAAAGAACUAAACGAUGCUAUGGAGCACUUGGGUACCGCAAACUCAACUACCAACAUUGCCAAAUUCUCUCCUCGGUUGGACGGCGACUUUCUACCUAAAGAUUACCAUGAACUUCUGAACGACAAGCCCCCAAUACCCACUUUCUACGGUUACUCUGCUCAUGAAUCUAUCUUUUUUGGUAAGUUAGUAGUACAUACUUUAUUGUACUAAUCAGAGUAUUCUGAUUAAUAUUUUAGCUGUGCUUGGCUUUCUGAAGUCGUGCAACGGACUCACGAUAAAACCAGAAGAGUACGAUAACUUUGGAGAAGCAGAGAUCAUCAACAAAAUAAAGACAAAUCUAUUCCCCGAGGCUGAGUUCGGAAAGUUCACAAAGAAGAUACAAGAUAGGAUAAUAUCAUUUUACGUACGACGAAGAGUACCAGACAAGCCACAUUCCUUGUUCUACAUAGCCAGAUAUGUUGAAGUAAGCACCUAAAACAAUAUUAAAAGUUGUUGUAAAAUAACCUUUAGCCUUAACCCAACAGAUACUAGAAUGUCUACAACAUACCAUGCUGCUGUCUUAUACCAUUUAUACAGUAUAAUGCUAAAAAAGUACAGUAUGUAACCCAUGAUUACUUCAGAUUAUGUCUCAUAUGCAGUUCUUCAUUCCGACAGCUUUUGAGAUAAUGGAGAAACAUGAACACGACUGGCCCAUAUUCAUAUCCAGGAACGAGUACUACCGCGACCACCACUUCAAAGACGGUACCAAGCUGAAAGGAGUGGUACACGCCAACGAACUUCACACAUUUUUCGGCUUCCCUAACCCUAAGGCAUUCCAUAUGAACAAGGAGGACAUCCAGAAUCGAGACUUCUAUGUCGACAGUCUCUGUAACUUUAUCAAGACAGGGUAAGAUUACUGUAACUAUUGUUUUGUCUCACUAUCAGUAUACAUAUUGACAAUAAUCAAUGAUUAUGCCAAAGUUUCUUUUUAUACUAUAUUUUUACAAUAACCAUUUUUACAGUAAUCCAUCUCACACAAACUUUGAAUGGCCACAGACUUCACACGAAACACCGUGGCUUCACGUAGCCCUGAACACGACUCCAGAAGUCAAGAAACAAUUCAGUGACGAUGACAAUGAUGCUGUCAAGUUCUGGAUUGGAUUGUGGAGAGAGUUUGGAGAAAAAGCCAUUAGAAGUAUCCAGUUCUCAUCCAGAAGGGGCAGAAGAGAGCCUUCUGGAUCUCACCAUGCUGAAAAUGUCAAGUAG